CAGAGCAGUCUCGCAAGAUGACCGGCUUCCAACAUGCGAGCGUCACAAAAGGCGUCAUGAUCCUCCUCGGCAUCGCGUCGCUCGCGGCCUCGCUGCUCGACGCCAAGCCGUACCUCCACCUCCAGCUCGUCCCCCACAUAUCAAAGUACCACCAGUUCUGGCGUGUCUUUAUCCAUCCGUUCGCGUUCGCCAACUCGACCGAGCUGCUCAUGGGUGAGCUGCUGUUGUACCAGGUCGGCGUGGGGAUUGAGCGGUCGUUUGGGUCAAGGAAGUACGCUAGCUUCAUCGUCGUUUCGACCAUCCUCUCCACUGUCAUCUCGGCGACCUGUAUCAUCUUCUUCCACCGUUUUGGCCUCAACGCUAUCCCUGCUGGUCCCUACGGCAUCAUCUUCAGCAUCCUGUGGCAGUACUUCCGCACCGUGCCAAAUCUCUACAGCUUCAGGCUGCUCGGCAUCGAGUUCUCGUACAAGAUCUUUACGUGGAUUCUCGCUGCACAGCUCGUGCUCUCUCACCCACCCGGCUCGCUCCUCGCUGCGGCCUCUGGUGCCGUGACAGGCUACCUCUACCGCACGGACACGCCCUUCCUCCUCCCGUCCAUCACGCGCCCGCGGCGUCUCUGGCGUCCGCUCAAGGCCUUCCGCAUCCCUGUUUCGGUGCAUAACCUCCUCGCGCGCAUCUUCACACCCCUGCUCGGCCAGUCGCCACCACCACGGCGCGCAAACCGCGUCCUGCCAGGCCAGGUGCGCGACACGCCAGCGUCGGAGUCGACCGCGGAUGCGACGGGUGGCCUGAGAAGUCUGCUUGCUGCGCGCGCUGCUCUCGGAGGGGUUACCGCCACGCCGAGGCGUGUGCCGGCUGCGACGGCCGCUGCGAAUGGCGACGAGACCGAGUCGCCCACGCCUACUGGUGCCCGCGCUGCCAUGGGCGAGUGGGUCAACGAGAUGACGGGGCGUGGCACCGCGCGCGCGCCGACAGAACAGGAGAUUGCAGCCCUGUCAAACAUGUUCCCCAACCUCAGCCGCGAGACGGUUGUCCGCUCGCUGCAAAGAAGCGAUCACAACACCGCAUUAGCCGUCGAGGCGCUUCUGGAGCAGAGCAGCUAGACGUGGGUUCUUAUGCAUCAUUCUAUAGAGGUGGUAUCGUCGCGUGCGGGGUAGUGGUUGGGGCUGGUAGGGUCUGGGCCGCUCGCUUCCUCCGCCCAGCGUCCUUGGUUGUUGUUGCGUCGACCGAGCCGAAGCCGCUUCGCCGGGUUACUUGGCGGUACUUGCAGUAGUUGCGAUAGCAUGCGCCGAGCACGCUACUUCUUCUCGGGAGCAGCGGCGGCAGGAGCCUUGGCUUCGACGUCGUGCUCAAUCUCGCCUAGGUGCGCGAGCAGCGUGUCGAGCCUGCCCUCGAGUGUGUCCGCGACAUUGUCGGCCGCCUCGAGCUGCUUAAGGAUACCCUCGACGUCGAGGUCGCCGCCCUCAGCGCCCUCGGUACCGGCCGACGCCUUGAGUGCAUCAAGGAUGGGCUGGAGUGCCUUGCGGUCGGUGUCGUUGAGGGUCGAGAGGUCGAUGCCGGCAAGGACGUCGUCGUCGGCGCCAGCCUUGUCUGCUUCCUUAGCGCCAGCGGCGUCGGUCGGCUUGGGGCCCUGUGCGCCGGGCUCUGUCGGCGCCAUGGCCUGCGCUACGAGGUCGAGGUCUGAGAGGGACAUGUUGUGUGGUCG